GCCAGUCAUGGAGUUAGCCAUCGUCUUCUCCGUCCUCUGCAUCGUGUUAAGGAGCGGCGAAGGAAGUGAAGAGAAGACAGAUCAGAGGAAGGGCCGAGACGGUUGGGGCCCCGGCGGCUGGGAGACCAGGAACGGAGUGUCCUCGUUCGGAUGGGACUCGAGGAGGCCGAUAUCGUGUCCCAGGUGCUCCCAGGAUGGGGAGUACAGGGGAAACGGCUACGAUAACCUGAGUCCUGAGUGGCAGCAGCGCGAGCAAGGCAAGCACUGGCCUCAAGGUCCAGGAGAAGGCUCUGGUGACAGGUAUGGGGACAAGAGAGUAUGGAGCGGGACCAUCAGGCCGAUCGAGAACCAACCUGGAGGACUCGUCACUAACUGGAUGGGAGGUCCUUCCAGGUGGAGGGAUCCAUGGGAGCAGAGGGAUGUACGAUACUGGCACUCCACGGCAGGGGGAGGCUACGCUGGAGGUUACGGCUACACACAAGGCUCCACCUACGGCUACUCGCAGGUCGGGGACAACAAGCCUACGACAUACUACGACAGAAGCCGAGGGGAGACGGGCUAUAUCAACCACUACGACAGGAGGCCAUGGGACGACCAAUAUUCCGGCCAGCAGGGAUACGCAAGGGGUUGGGAUUAUUAUGAGCAGAGGCCAGGAACUAUUUCAGGAGGGGGGUAUACCUAUCGCCCCUCAUCAUCCUACCCUUAUGACAGGAAAAACUUACGUGACUGCAACUCAUGCCGACAGCGACCGCCACCGGUCCGGCCUACAGGAGGCUGCUGUGGAGCACGUCCUAGCAAUGGACAGGCCGCGCCCAUCGGUCCCAACUACAGAGCCGACUUCGAGAAUCGCUACUACCAGAACCAUAUAGUCCAAGAUGGAGGACCCGGAUCAGAAUGGGUACAACGUCCAGCAGGGGAUGCCAACAGACCGGGAGGAGUAGACUACGGAAGGCCAACAAGACCUUCUCAGGGAUCUUACGGUAACCUCCCAUGGGGUGGCCAAGGACUACCUACAAGUCAUUAUGGUGGGCCAUUGACACCAGAGCACUUCAGACCUCGUCCAAAGCCUGAUUAUUCCAGGCCCGGAACAGAUUAUGGUAGACCGAACCCAGACUAUGGCAGACCAAGCACGGACUACGGUAGACCGAGCACCGACUACGGUAGACCAAAUCCAGACUAUGGAAGACCUGUUCCAGACUACGGUAGACCCGUCCCUGAUUAUGGAAUUCAGAAUCCCGAUUAUGGGAGACCAGACGUCUCCAAGCCUAGUCCCGAAAAUUAUGGAAGACCGAGCCCACCCUACAAUCCUCCACCUCCACUCCCUGAUUACGGUAGACCUACGACAGUUUUGAAACCCAGCCCGGGCGACUACAGCCGCCCCGCUCCUGAUUAUAACCAGCUGCCAUCUGCUGCUCCAGAUUAUGGUAGACCUCAACCAGAUUACGGCCAGCAAGGGGGCUACGGUAGGCCCUCUCCUGAUUACGGCAGACCGGCUCCUGAUUACGGCAGGCCGACAACCGACUACCGACCACAACCAGACUACGGAAGGCCUGUAGUGGAUUAUGGCAGACCCCAACCAGACUACGGCAGACCGCCUCCAGAUUACGGUAGACCCAUUCCUGACUACAGUAGGCCUCCUAUUGACUAUGGAAGACCAGGAUGUGCCACGUGCAGGCCUGAUCCAGACAGGCCACAACCAGGGAGUUAUCCGAGACCAGGCAGCAACAAUAAUUAUGAUGGCUAUGGCUCCGGUGGAGGAUACAAGCCGUCAGGCGGCCAUAACGACUAUGGAGUAGGUUCAGGAAGCUACCCAGCUGUGAGUGGAGCAGGCAGCUAUGGUGCCGCAAGGCCUGACGACUCGAGGAGGGACGAGCACGGAGAUAAAUCACCCCUGGACAGGUAUCCAGGCCACACUGGUGUCGGAGCCACCUUCGAAUUUGACAGCGACAGAAAACAAGGAAUCCUACGUUUAUAA